CAAUGCAUCAACAUUGAUCAGAUAUCAGCCAGCCGCUCUCACGCCCAGCUCACGUCUCACACCUGCGACACCUGCACAAGUCCUAAAACGCAACAACGCAACGCAGAAUCUCACUUCAGCAAAUUUUGAGGUUUCCACAUUUUUCUCAGUCACCCGUCUGCGAAAUGGAAGGUUCCCAGGACGAGGAAGUGUAUGGCGACGAGGUCGAGCAGGAAAAGUCUCAGAAAAAAAGUGCCAAGCAUGACAGCGGCGCGGCUGACCUGGAAAAGGUCACCGACUAUGCCGAGGAGCAAGAAAUCAUGGCUUCUGACCUGGCAGGGGCAAUGACGAUCAUUGACAACAUGCGCAAGAAAGAAGACGCUGAAAGAAUUGCCAAGGAGAAGGAGUUGGCUAAAGUGUCGAUCCAGAAAGAGGAUGUUGAUCUUAUCGCCAACGAGCUUGAAAUCUCGAGGAUUCAAGCUGAAAGGACACUAAGAGAGCACCUUGGAAACGUUGUUGAAGCCCUUAUUUCACUCACGAAUUGAUUUUAAUAAUGUCACUUGAAUGCGCGUAUGAGAUCCUGUCAAACUAUGUAUGUUAAAAUAAAUUGUACUACUCAUAAUUUGA